AUGGCGCCGUCUCUCCACCCUCUCAUUGACAAUGGCAUUGCCAAGGGUGACCCUGCCUUUCCGGGUGGCAUUCUGCGCUGCCGCUGCCCCUCCAACCAGGUGGUCGUGUCCUUGAAGAGCAACGUCGCACACAACCACGCUUGCGGCUGCUCCAAGUGCUGGAAGCCAUCCGGAGCCCUCUUCUCAGUCGUCGGUGUCUUGCCUCGAGAAAAUGUCAAGGUCGAGGCCAAUGAGUCAAAACUUCAUGUCAUCGAUUCCUCAGCUAUCAUCCUCCGCAACGCAUGUAAAGAGUGCGGUGCUCACCUUUUUGGCCGCAUUGAGCGUGAUCACCCAUUCAAAGGUCUGGACUUUGUGCACGUUGAAUUAUCGGAUCAGAAGGGCUGGCAAGAACCCCAAUUCGCCGCCUUUGUUUCUUCAAUCAUUGAGCAGGGAUACAACCCCGAGGGAAUGGAUGCGGUUCGGGCGAAGUUCAAGGCUGAGGGACUGGAGAGCUACGAUGCUUUGUCUCCGCCAUUAAUGGAUCUGAUUGCUGCAUUUACUGCGAAAAAGGCUGGUGUGAAGUUUGCCAACUUGUAA